GAAACUUUCACUGCAGCCUCAUCGUCAUCUCGCCUGUAGUCUGGUGCUCGAAUAGUAACCAGCCCUCCAGCCAUGGCCCCCUCUAACGGUAUCACGAACGGCACUGACGGCGACUAUGACCUGGACGACAUUGACUAUUCUGACAUUGAGGACAAGUACCAGGUGCAGCUGGAGGAUGGCUUUGAAAACAUCAUCGUGGUGGAUGGCGUGCCCGUCAUUGACAGAUCAAAAUUGGAGAAGCUGUUAGCAAAGAUCGCGAAGGAAUUCGGCAAGAAGGGGGCCCCCAUAAAGCCGGAUGACAUCUUUGUGCCAUGGGAUGAAUCGACGGGGAAGAGCAAAGGAUACAUAUUUGUCGAAUUCAAGAGCGCAGAUGAAGCGGCAUUUGCUCUCACGGCAAUGGAUGGUCAUCCAUUUGAUGCCAAACACACUUUCGCCACCAAUUAUUUUACGGACAUCGAGAAGUUCGCCAACAUGGAUGAGACCUACGUUGAGCCGAAGCUUGAGGAGUACAAGCCCAGAGAACAUCUCCGGGCCUGGCUCGCAGACCCUCAAGGCCGUGAUCAAUAUGCUAUUUAUCGAGGCAAUGAUGUUGAAAUUCAUUGGCAUGGCAAGCCGUCUCAGCGCGAGUUGGCAUAUAAACAUACGGAAUGGACCGAUCUAUAUAUAUCUUGGUCCCCGCAAGGAACGUAUAUGACCACUCUCCAUCGACAGGGUGUGCAACUCUGGGGCGGCCCUUCAUGGCAGCUGCAACAGCGUUUUGCUCACCCGUACGUCAAGCUGAUCGACUUCUCCCCUUGCGAACAGUACCUAGUUACCUGGUCGAAUGAGCCGAUCGUGGUACCUGAGGGCGCGUUGCAAGGUCCCCGCUACUUCUCUCCGAUAGACGAGGGGAAUCAUAUCGCAGUGUGGGACAUCAAGUCGGGCAACAUGCUCCGGACGUUCCCCGCUGCGCAGCAAGAGGGCGAGGAACCGGGAUCGAAGAAGCAAUUGCAAUGGCCAGCCUUCAAGUGGAGUCCAGAUGACAAGUUUGUUGCUCGGGUCACCCCUGGUCAGCAAAUCAGUGUCUACGAGCUGCCCAGUAUGGGUCUUCAGGCGAAGAAAAGCAUCAAGAUCGAGGGCGUGGUGGACUUUGAGUGGUGUCCACUCGGCGACAAAGACCGAGAGGACGGGGAGAAAGCGGAGAAGGACGCCAAGGCUGGCGCAAAGACGACGCGGAAAGUGAAGGAGAACAUGCUCGCUUACUGGACUCCGGAAGUCGCCAACCAACCAGCUCGCGUCACGUUAAUGAAUUUUCCCGCCCGGGCUAUCCUGCGGCAGAAGAAUUUGUUCAAUGUUUCCGAGUGUAAACUCUUCUGGCAAAAUCAGGGUGACUUCCUGUGCGUCAAGGUCGAUCGCCACACGAAAACGAAAAAGACCCUAUUCUGCAAUCUGGAGAUCUUCCGCGUACGUGAGAAGGAUUUCCCCGUGGAAGUCGUCGAGCUUAAAGACACCGUCCUCGAAUUCUCAUGGGAACCCAAGGGAGAACGAUUCGCCAUUGUCUCCAGCAACGAUCCCAACCUUGGCAACCCAGGUCCGGGCAUCACGAUCAAGACCGACGUCAGCUUUUUCCAGCUGCACAAGCAGAAGGGCGACUUCAGGCUCCUCCGUAAUCUGCCAUCACGGACGAGCAACACGAUUCGCUGGUCCCCACGGGGCCGCUUUGUGCUUCUGGCCACUGUUGGGUCUUCGAGCAAGUCGGAACUCGAGUUUUGGGACCUCGAUUUCAACACCGAGGACGUUGGCCGAAAGGAGAUGGUCAAGGACAAGGAUGAAUGGGGCAGCGGUAUCCAGCAUCUGGGUACAGCGGACCACUAUGGAGUGACCGAUGCUGAGUGGGAUCCAAGUGGGCGGUACCUUGCGACGCAUGCGAGCGCAUGGAGACAUACGCUCGAAAACGGCUAUGCUAUCUGGGACUUCCGCGGGCAAGAGCUGGAGAAGCACCUCAUGGACCGCUUCAAGCAAUUCCUGUGGCGGCCGCGGCCGAAGACGCUGCUGACAAAGGAGCAGCAGAAGCAGAUCCGCAAGAACCUGCGCGAGUACAGCCGGCAGUUCGACGAGGAGGACGCGGCAGAGGAGAGCAACGUGAGCGCGGAGCUGAUCGCGCACCGCAAGCGGCUCGUGGACGAGUGGAACGCGUGGCGCCGCCGGUGCAAGGAAGAGCUGGCGGAGGAGCGCAGAAAGCAGGGCGCGAAGCUGGAUGGCGAGGAGGGCCCGCAUGAGGAGACGAAGGAGGAGAUCGAGGUGUGGGUGGAGGAGCUGAUAGAGCAGAUUGAGGAGGAGGUCGUUGAAUGAUUGUAUCCCUAUGCUGUAUGACAUUGCAUGUGCUCUCCAGGCUGUCCGAACUAUGAUCUAUGGUGUGUCUACAUCGUGCUAUGACAACCAUGCUUACGCUCUGG